GGCUGAAAUACACCAUCGAACAAACAAAAGAAGAUGUUGAUGCGUUAAUGCGAUUUGCGUAUUAUUUACCGGCGUCAUUUUAGCAGAAAUGGCAUAUACAAGACGGAUUGGUGGGAGACCAAAUCCAAAAAGACUGCCAAGACAUUUGAGAAAUGAAGAUAUUCCAAGAAACAUCUUUACUCCUAAAACAUACCAGGUGGAGUUGCUGGAGACGGCCCUACAGCAAAACACAGUGGUAUGUAUGGGUUCAAUGUCAGGCCGUAUGUUCAUCGCCGUCAUGAUGAUGAAGGAGAAGGCUCGACAGGUCCGCUCUUCACUGGAAAAUGGAGGAAAACGAUCCAUCUUCCUUGUUCAUGACGAUGAAGUGAUAGACCAAGUAACUCCCUUUAUCAAGCAUCCCUGUGAUUUAGCUGUCGCUGCUUGUAAGGAAGCAGAUGGCUGGACCAUCGAACAAUGGAAACUUCUGCUGGAUGAAUCUCAAGUGCUGAUUAUACCCUGCUCAGUCUUUCUACAGCUGCUGAGCAAGAAAACCAUUUCCCUGGACAUGAUCAAUUUGCUCAUAUUUUAUGAUUGUAAUCGGGUGUUGACUGAGGCUCAUCCUUAUCAAGAAAUAAUGCAAAUUUACAACAAUUUCCAAAAAGAAAAUUGCCCCAGAAUACUCGGUUUAACAUCAAAUAUUCUUGAAGGGCGAUACCAAAAUCCAAAACUUUUAGAUGGACUUAUUACCUCCCUUGAGAAAGCUCUCAACUCCAGGGCGGAGACAGCCUCACUAGUCAUUCCCGAAAGAUACGGCAUAAAACCAGUGGAAAGAGUCAUUGAAUGCCCUGACUAUGAGGACACUACAGAACUCAAUGACCAGAUUUACCUGCUGUUAGAAAAUUCAAUAGAAUUUCUGGAGGAGUGCAAUAUCGAAAUAUCUGAGGAAUUAGACAAUAGAGAUCCAAGACUGAUUCCAAAAGCAGCCUUAAUUGAGUGCCAUAACAUUCUAACUCAACUCGGUCCAUGGUGUGCAGCCUGCUUGGCGGACAUGCUUGUUAAUCAAAUAGAAAAGAUAGAAAAGCAGAAAGAAACUGUAGCUAUGCAUAAGAAAUUUUUCAAACUUGGUGCAACAACACUACGUAUGGUGUCUAAAAUCUUUGAAAAUCACUUUAAGCAAUGUCCAUAUACCUUGGAAGACCUCCUGAAGUACAGCACACCAAAAGUUGCUGCGCUUUUAGAAUGCUUACGCAAAUACCGUCCAAAGACAGAUUUUAUUAUCAUCAGUGAAGAUCUAGAUAUGAACGCACAAAAAGAAGACAGUGACACAGAUAUGUCUGAUGAUUCUGAUGAGUUUUCAGAAAAUGAUGACGAUGAGGAUGAUGAUGAUGAUGAUGAUGAUGACGAUGAGUCACAGUCUCCAAACUCCAGACAGAUUCAUUUUGCAAUCAAAAAGGUAAAUCCGGAAGAUGAAUUGAAGGCAGCAGACCCUUUCGCUUUAGACGAAGACAAAUGUCUUUGUGGAAUAGUUUUUGUUGAGCAUCAACAUGAAGCCUUCGCAUUGAGCAAAUUUAUUGAAGAAGCUUGCAGCUGGGACGAAGAACUUUGUUUUGUUAAAAGUACUCAUAUGACUGGAAAUAAGUCGUCGGCAAAACGGCAAAAGUUGUACAAGAAACAGGAAGAAACGUUGCGCAAGUUUCGCAUGCAAGAUUUGAAUCUUCUGAUAUCCACAAGUGUAUUAGAAGAAGGAGUGGAUGUGCCUAAGUGUAACUUUGUGGCACGAUUCGACAUUCCGAAGUCCUACCGUUCUUACAGUCAUUCAAAGGGUAGAGCACGUUCCAGGGAUGCUGAAUAUGUGAUACUGAUUGAAGAAGAGCACUUUGAUGGGUUUGAAUCGGAGCUGAAACAGUAUCAUGAAAUAGAAAAGGUUCUGAUCAAUAGAAAUGCUCGACUGAUUGAGCCUGAAGAUGAGGACCAAUCAGAUUGCAGCUGUGAUCACAUGGUUCCACCGUUUGUACCACCAUCAGAGGAGAGAUUAGGGCGCUGUGCCUCCAUGGAAACAGCUAUCAUGCUAGUCAAUAGAUACUGUGCUAAACUUCCAAGUGAUGCAUUCACCCAUCUGACCCCUUCCUGUAGGAUUAGAGAGCUGCAGUCAGGGGAGAAAACAAUGUAUGUGGCGAGUGUCAGACUUCCUAUUAACUCCCCUGUCAAGAUGGAAAUUGAGGGAGUUCCCAUGCCUACCAAACAAAAAGCCCGGCAAGCUGUUGCUGUACAGAUCUGUAAAAUUCUGCAUCAAAGAGGUGAGUUGGACAACGACCUGAUGCCUUUGGGUAAGGAAAUGUUGGAGGGGGUGGGGGAGGGGGUCGAUGAUCCCUGGGCAGAUGAAGAGGAUGCGGCAGGAGAAGCCCGACCUGGCACCACCAAACGUAAACAGUACUAUUGCAAGAAGGUGGCUAGUGCUCUACAACAGACAGUGCCAAGCCCAGGUACUCCCUGCAACCUGUAUGUCAUCACCAUGAUACUCACUGGGCCAAUUACUGAAGAUCAGAAUACCCGUGGCAGGAAAAUCGAUGCUCCGGAUGAAACUACUCGCUCAAUAGGAAUCAUAACGCCAAAAACUAUACCUCUGGUGCCCAUGUUCCCAGUUUUUACCAGAUCAGGGGAAGUCACUGUGUCAGUCGACCUGCUGUCAAGUGAAGUUACUCUGUCAGAAGAGAAGUUGGAGAAACUGAAGACGUUCCACCGGUUUCUAUUCUCAAACGUGCUGAGAUUGGAGAAAGAUCCGAUGGAUUACUUCCCCACUGAGAGCAUUGUUGGAUAUGUGGUCGUGCCCCUUGAUGUUUCAGGUGGCUCAAAUUUGGACAUUGACUGGACAUAUACUGACAAAGUGGUAGAAUCAGUCAACAGCACUCCAAAAGCCCAUGGAGAAGACUACAUGUUUGAGUUCCGAGCUGAAGAUUUUGAAGAUGCUGUUGUGAUGCCUGCGUACAGGAACAUCGACCAGCCACAGUACUUUUAUGUGGCAGAAAUAAGACCAGAUCUCAACCCACUUUCACCGUUUCCAUCACCAGAACUGUACAAGACAUUUGCAGAAUACUAUGCAUCCAAAUAUGGCCUUGCCAUUUCAAACCUUGAACAGCCUUUACUUGACGUGGAUCACACAUCGGCUAGACUGAAUCUCCUUAUUCCUCGCUAUAUGAAUCAGAAAGGAGUUCCACUUCCAACCAGCAGUGCAGAGACGAAGAAAGCAAGAAGGGAAAAUCUGCAACAAAAACAGAUACUGAUUCCUGAAUUAUGUGAUGUUCAUGUCUUUCCAGCUUCACUGUGGCGAAAGGCUGUAUGCCUUCCUGCCAUCUUGUACAGGUUGAAUUAUCUAUUGCUUGGGGAGGAAAUCAGGAAGCAUGUUGCUGCGGAAACUAGGAUUGGAGUUGUGGAGCUGCCUGAAGAUUAUAGAUUUCCAAAGCUGGAUUUUGGAAUCGAUACAAGUCCUGAAAAUCUGAAGAUGCUGAAUGGGAAUUCAAAAGACACUGAUGAAACUGACUCAACAUCUGAUGAUGGAGAUAAAGAGGAAGAAAAUCUAGGGUCUGAUAUUGCUAAGGAUGAUAUUCCAGAUGAUGCAAAUGAAGAUGAAAAUGCCAUGAAUGAAAAAAGUGCUAAAGAAGAGGUGGACAAAAGUGAUGAAAACAUUGAUGAAAACAAAGAAGAAAGUGCUAUUGAUGCUACCAGGGCUGAUGAUGUGCCAAAUUGUAAUAAAAGCAUAGAAAACAUAUCAGAAACAUUUGCAAAACUGUGCAAGACUUGUGAUAGGGAUCCAUGCAUUGAAAAAUGUUCAAAGUGCAAUAAAUCUGUCUGUGUUGAUGCAGGCGUGGCCAAAUUCAUCUGUGAUAAUGUCAACCGCAAAGAUGCCAACUUGACAACAUUCCAAGAGAAUAAUUUGCAAUUUGUUUAUAAUAUCAAUGGUGCAACUGAUGACAAAAAUGAUGGUGAAGCAGAUACAGCAAAAGAAGGGGAUGAAAUGUCACUGGUGAACGGUGAUUUAAAAGCUAGUGAAACUCAAGAUGAACAAAACAGGACAGAAAAUGGGAAACUUCUUCAAGAAACUAGGUCAGACAAUAUAAAUGAGGUAGGAGAUAGUGGUAAAAAAUGUUUUGGAAAUGAUGAUGAUGAAAAAGAAAAUGAAAGGAGUAGGUACUUAAGUAAUGGUUACGUGCGUCAUGAUAACCAAACAUUAGAAAUCGCUGAUGACUUGAUUGAAGAACCCAGCAAUAAAGAAGUAGAAAAUGGCCAUGAAAAUACAAAUGAGACCGAACAAACUGAAGAUGUAUUUUCAAAUAUAGCAACCUUCUUAACUGAUAAAGAGAAAAGAGCUUUAGACGAUGACUUUUGUCCCGAGCCUCUCAUUUCUCUUGACAUUGACAUGAAUCUUAAAGAAUUCAUUGGUCCAAGUCCAUGUGAGAUCUUGCAAGCACUGACGAUGUCUAACGCUAAUGACUUCUACAGCUUGGAAAGACUGGAAACCAUUGGAGAUUCAUUCCUGAAGUAUGCCAUCACAGUUUAUCUGUUUUGUUCCUAUCCUGGAAUACAUGAGGGAAAACUGAGCUAUCUGCGCAGCAAGCAAGUCAGUAAUUUCAACUUGUACAGGCUUGGAAAACGCAAAGGACUUGCAGAGUGUAUGAUUUCCACCAAGUUUGAGCCCUAUGAAAAUUGGUUGCCUCCAGGCUAUGUGAUUAAUGAAGAUAAGAGAAAAGGUCCGGUGUCCAGAGUUCAUGUUGUAUCUUUAGGCCAAAAGAGUUUGCCAUCUAGUUUCCAAACACAGCUCGACUGUAUUGACAUUUCACUUCUGUCCACAACAUCUAGUCAAACAGAGACAGAAGUGGACACUUUCCAAUCAGAACUUGAUGCAAUUGACCUCAUCUCAAAAGAGAAAGAUGAGGAAGAGUUUGCCAUGGAAGAUAAACCUACUAGCCUACAAAAUCUUCUGCCUUACUGUCUGCAACUUCACCACUGUCUCCCUGACAAGAGCAUAGCGGACUGUGUGGAGGCUCUGAUUGGCUGUUACUUGACGUCAUGUGACAAGAUGGCUGCUCUCAAGUUUAUGUCCUGGAUGGGGCUCAAGGUUUUACCAAAAGAAAACAUGGCCGCUGAUGGCUACGAUGAGGAUUUGCGACCAGUGCGUUUGCCACCUCCAGCCUCCCCAAUGGAUGGUGCUGACCGGACAGCCUGCGAUCUUCUGACUAGGUUACUAGACGGUUAUGAGGGGUUUGAGGAAAGGAUAGGAUACACAUUCAGGGACAGGUCCUACCUGCUUCAGGCCUUUACACAUGCAUCCUACCACUUCAAUACCAUCACUGACUGCUAUCAGAGACUUGAAUUUCUGGGGGACGCGGUUCUUGACUACGUUAUUACCCGCCACCUUUACGAGGACUCCGACAAGUACAGCCCAGGCGUCCUCACUGACCUACGUUCAGCCCUGGUCAACAACAAUAUCUUCGCAGCCCUUGCAGUCAAGUGGGACUUUCACAAAUAUUUCAAGGCGAUCUCGCCUUCACUGUUCCACGUAAUUGAGAAGUUUGUGGCACGACAGAAGGAGAAAGAAGAUGAAAUAGAUGAUGAGGAUGAAGAGGCUGACGAGGACCAUGAGAAAGAACAUGUUGAGUUGGAAGUUCCAAAAGCGCUCGGAGAUAUAUUUGAGUCGGUGGCAGGGGCAGUGUACCUUGACAGCGGUAUGUCUCUUGACACCGUCUGGCGUGUAUUCUACAGGAUCAUGAAACCUCAGAUAGAUAAAUACCUGCAGAACAUCCCCAAGUCUCCAGUGAGAGAGUUGUUGGAACAGGAACCAGAGACAGCCAAGUUUGAAAAGCCUGAGCGCACCAUGGCUGGAAAGAUCCGCGUGACAGUGAACGUUGUUGGGAAGGGUGUAUUUACAGGAGUGGGUCGAAAUUAUCGCAUCGCCAAGAGUGCUGCUGCCAAGAAGGCCUUGCGUUGUAUAAAGACGCUUGAAAAUCAAGGCCUUAUAUAAGAUAUUCAGUAUGAAAGCUGCUCAGAUUUGCAAGAGUAGAUUUCAUAAUUUUGUGGUGACAUAGUUUAUAAUUAGUUUAUAUGUUGUCAAAUACUACAUGUUGUCUUCUUUUAAAAUUUUUGAAUUGUUACACUUAUUUGGCAUUAUGUAAUUUUAUAAAUUACAAUAAUUAAUAAAAAAAAAUUGUUACCAGCUAAACAAAUUCAUCUCUUCAUAAGAAACACAUACAAUAGUGGUUACUGUUAUAUUUGACAUUGCUAAAAUGUUUGCCCGGCCCCUAUUAAUGAAACAUCUUAGGUAUAACAGGCUUAACUCCCUUAUUUCAUGACUUGCUUAUCCUUGAUUUUAUAUGAAAAAGUAGUUCAUCAUGAUUAACUUUAAAAUAACUUUAAUUUUAUUGUCUCAAAACUCUUAAAAUUAAUAAAACAAAUUAUACCAACACAAAAAACAAUUUACUUUAUCAAGUUAUAAGGUACUUGAUGAUUCAAGGAAUUUGCGGGAAAAAUGAAUAAUUGUAACAAGCUUAACAGUAUAGUAUACCAUGUGAUGAAUUGCGUCACAAAUGUUUCGUCGUCGGGCAAUUUUUUUGCUUCGAGUGAAUACACUUUUCUUCAACCAUUUCUUCACAAUUUUAAAUGAAACAUUGCACAGUCUACAUCACUAACAGAGCCCAGCCCUUGGUCUUAAUGGAGGUUGAUUUGACAGAUAACCGUCUGAAAACACUUUCACAAACCUUUUCACCUUGACAAACGGCUGCCUGAUGGAGCACUGUCAAAACAUUAUUUUGAAAACAGGAUUGUCAAAGUGUUUGAGGAAACUAAUCACCUUAUCAAACUCCGGUUAUUAAACAAAGGUGUGCUGAAGUAAUUUAUCACAUGGUAUACAAACACUGUUAUGUAUCUUUUUUCAUUUUUCUAGACAACUUGCUUAAAAUAGUUGUAAAAAAAAAAAAAAAAAAUAGUCAGCGUGAUCCUUAUAUAAGAAACAUAAAUUGUUUGAGAUAUUGGGGCCUGGCUAAGACUUUAAAUAGGUAUUAUUUUUAUGACAAUAAACCAUUUGUCAUUUAUCACAUUCAAAUUUAAGUAUGUUGUUGACCUAAUUGAUAUAAGCUACCUAAGGCUGUUAAUCCUAAGAAGUUUCAUGAAAUUCAGGCCUGGUUAGCAUUAUUAUGUAUUGCCUUGAUGAUGGAAAGGUUGUGUGGGGAAAAAUAUUUUUAGCUGUAAUUGAGAUUUAAAAACUGGAACAAGCCCAUGUCAACAAACUUGGUCUAAUAAAAGCCUGUAACUGGCACUUAAAAAUACUGUGGUAGUUUGGUCAAUAUUUAAAUGUGAUUAAAAUAAUGAAGAACA